AUGGGUCGACGCCGCGAAACAAUUCCGUUGCCGGAGCCCAUAAUCCAUCGCAUCCAAUUCCUUCUCACCCCCAAAGAAGCUGCUCGAACAACCGUUAUCUCAAAAUCCUGGCACAGUGCCUGGUUAACUCGCCCGAACCUCGACUUGGACGAGACCGAGUUCAGAGAAACUCGCCGCCCAAACUACAACCGCUACGACUACGAUUCUGCCGAAGCGAUGAAGGAUGGGUUCUCGGAAUUCGCCAAGAAGAACAUUCAAAGGUACGUAAAAUCGAACCUAAGGAUCGAGACUUUCAGGCUCUCCCUGAAGCUCGAGCCGCGGACUGAAUGGGAAGCAUUUAGUCUUUCCUACGAAUUGGUUCUGACAGCACUGAAUUUGGGUGCCAAACAUCUCGAUUUGAAGCUCAACGGUUCCCCUGGAAGGAAACCCUUUUUGCCGCAUGAAGUGUUGGGAGCUGAAAACCUCGUCGGCUUAUGUGUGGAGGGGUACACAAUUAACGACCUGGUUCUGGAUCAAAAGGUAAGAUGUUCGAAGCUCGAAUACCUUAGCUUGAAGCAUGUGAAUAUGAACCCCGGUGUGGUCUCAAAAAUAUUGUCGGCCUGUCCCUUGAUUGAAAAAUUGUCUCUUACCGAAAUUUCCAAUUUUAAAGGAGGAUGUUUGAAAUCCACAUUUUAUGAUGCUCUGAUCUGUAGUCAUAAGCUGACGUGUCUGGUUCUGUGCAACGUGAAAGCCGUUGCCUUGUUCUUCAGUGAUGAUUGCUUGUCGUCGAAAUUCCCUUCCCUGAAAGAUCUAACCCUUGAGUUGUUCUACCUCUAUAAUCACAAUGAAGCUGAAAAGAAAUUAAGAGUUUCUAUCCACUCGCUUGAGCGUUUACAAUAUGUUUUACGCCAUGGUCGCCAGGUGGCGGUUGAGUUUGAUGUUCCAUGUAUUCGUGAAUUUACAUUUAAAAAUGAAUGUUCCGAUGUUCCUCAAGUGUUUAUUGAAACGACUUCAACCGAAUGGGAGUCUCAUGUAACCAUGAGCCGUUUUUAUCCCAAUACUUCGACGUUUCUUGGGCUGAGUAAGUUCUUGACACAACUGAGUCAAUCCAAACUUUAUCUCAGCCUCAAAGUCGACCGUCUGGACGCGGCUGACUACGAGAUGGAGUACUUGCAAGGUUUACCCUGCACAUUCCAAGUCGAGAAUUUGACGAUAGAGAUCAAAUAUCUAAUGUCUUUAACCAGUUAUGCUCUUUUUGAUGGCUUGUUUCGGUUAUGCCGCCCAAAGUGCAUAACUCAACAUCUACUAACUCAACAUCCACUUUCUGCGGGGAGAUUUCGCAAUGAGCACGUACUAACCAAUGUUUUCCUUUGCAAGAUAAUCGAGCGAGGAAUGAAGGGGCACUAUUCGUACCCAUCUAAUUUUUUUCAUGGUCUGCAUGAUCUCGAGGAGGCUUACAUGCAGGCUCCUUCUGACGAGGCUGUUGGUGUGUGGAGACUUUUGACAGGGGAGUUUUGCUCUGAUAUUCCUGCUUUUGCAAGCCCGGAUAGCUAUGGGAAGAAAGUUCGAUUCUUAUUGAAAUGGAAGGAGGCUUAG